AUGUCGCACCCCCAGAAAAGAAAGAAGAACUGGAAGCAGCCACCCAGGAGGCUGAGAUCAAACGAGAAGAAGUUGCAGCAGCUGCAGUGCCCCUCCACCCCCACCCCCCCCCCCUCCUCGGGAGGUACGGGCGCUCUGCUUCCCCCGGCAGCUGGUCCGCCUGCUUCCGGGACGACGGCACCCCACCACCCGUCGGCUGCACUUCCCCCACCCGGUCCCGGCACGGCUGUCCCGCCGAAGACUGACGCGGGGAAACAUGGAUCAGCAGUAACAACUGGGUCCAGGAGACGUUAUCAUGGACACCCUUCGGCCGGACGCCGGGCUUCUCGCCAAGGUGAACAAAAGUUUCCAGCCCUCGACUUCAACAAACAGACGGCGUCAGCCAAGUCUACAGCCUUGCCAGCCUGGGAGGCCAGGGGCCGUUUAGCCCUGCUACAGUACACGUGCCACCGGCUGGUCCGGUAUCCCUGGCCCGUUGUCAGGGCGUUUCACCACGCCGCCGUCACCCGCGCCCUGCGUGUCCCCACGGAGUGCAAUAUGGACUGGGAAGACAUAAAGGAGUACUACAUCGAUGGGGAUGCCAGCAAGCUAAAGAACACAACCGCCGUGGCGACUUCCCUCCAGUCGACGACCAACGCCAGCGGUUUUCAGAAGAACGAGAUCUGUCAGAGCCCGUUUGGGAUGGAGUCUGGUGCCAUACCUGAUGACAGCAUCACUGCAUCUGGAGUCGGGCAUCACUACGCGCUGGAUCCCCACCUCGGGAGGUUAAAUGGAACUACUCAUUAUGGAGCCUGGGGACCAGCCAUGCAUAUCAUCGGACAAUGGUUGCAGGUGGAUUUAGGUGGAAUAAAGCGCGUCACGGGCAUCAUUACUCAGGGUGCCCACUCACCUGUUUUUAAUCAACUUUCAUGGGUGACGACAUUCAAACUUGAGUACAGUGGAGACGAAACUUUUUGGACAACAUAUGCCGACAGCGAUGGAUCAGAUAUGAUAUUUACAGGCAACACGGACCCAAAGACACCUGUAACGAAUCUACUGGACAACCCUGUAGACACCCGUUAUGUGCGCUUCUACCCUCAGCGCUGGCAUGGCCGCAUUGCCAUGAGGGUGGAAAUUCUUGGCUGCAGCACUGAGUUCUGUCAGAAUCCGCUUGGGAUGGAAUCUGGCACCAUACCUGAUGACAGCAUUACUGCAUCUGGAGUCGGGCAUCAUUAUUUACUACAUCCCUACUUUGGCCGUUUAAAGGGAACAGCUGGUUGGGGAGGCUGGGGAUCAGCGCGCUAUAACGGAGGACAAUGGUUGCAGGUGGAUUUGGGGGUGAUAAAGCGCGUCACGGGCGUCACUACUCAGGGUGCCUUCCAACCUGUCUAUCAUCAAUACUCAUGGGUGACGUCGUACAAACUUCAGUACAGUGGAGAUGGAACGUUCUGGACAACAUACGCCGACAGCGAUGGGUCCGAUAAGGUUUUCACUGGCAACACGGACACGGAGAAUCCUGUAACGAACCUACUGGGCAACCCUGUCGACGCCCGUUAUGUGCGCUUCAACCCUCAGCGCUGGCACCACCGCAUUGCCAUGAGGGUGGAGAUUCUAGGCUGCAGCACUGAGAUACUCUGGGGGCUGACCCUUAAUGAUGCCGGGAUGAGUCACCUUAACGUGUCCUGGACAGUCGUGGGGAAUCUUCCGAUCUCGCGCUACACGCUCCGCUACCAGCCAGCAGACGGGUCGGGCUCGUACCAGGACCUCUCCCCCGCACCAGAAGCGGGAGACACCUCGGCAACUGUGUUAGGACUCAUGGAUCACACAGAAUACACCCUCACUCUGACUUCUUUUGACGAUAAUGAUCAACCAAACGGGGUUAUCAACGGGACAUUCACCACAGUCUGUCAGAGUCCGCUUGGGAUGGAAUCUGGUGCCAUACCAGAUGACAGCAUCACCGCAUCUUCAGUCUUGACUUAUGUGCAACCCUACUUUGGCCGUUUGAAGGGAACUGCUGGUGUGGGAGGCUGGGCAUCAGCGGGCCAGGACAGAACACAAUGGUUGCAGGUUGAUUUGGGGGUGAUAAAGCGCGUCACGGGCAUCGUUACUCAGGGUGCCUUUCAACCUGUCCAUGAUCAAUACUCAUGGGUGACGUCGUACAAACUUCAGUACAGUGGAGAUGGAACGUUCUGGACAACAUACGCCAACAGCGAUGGGUCCGAUAAGGUUUUUACAGGUAACACGGACGAGAAGAAUCCUGUAACUAACCUACUGGACAACCCUGUCGACGCCCGUUACGUGCAAUUUUACCCUCAGCGCUGGCACCACCGCAUCGCCAUGAGGGUGGAGAUUCUAGGCUGCAGCACUGAGAGUAUCUUCCCAGUCUGCCAGGAUCCAUUUGGGAUGGAAUCUGGUGCCAUACAUGAUGACAACAUCACUGCAUCUUCAGUAGGGCAUAGUCAUUUGCUACGCCCCUACUUCGCGCGUUUAAAGGGAACUGCUGGUUGGGGUGCCUGGGGAUCGGGGCACCAAAUCAUUGGAGAAUGGUUGCAGGUUUUCACAGGCAACACGGACACAAAGAAUCCUGUAACAAACCUUCUGGACAACCCUGUCGACGCUCGUUAUGUGCGCAUCUACCCACAGUCUUGGUACGGCUACAUGGCAAUGAGGGUGGAGAUUCUAGGCUGCGAAACUGAGCUCGUGGGGAAUCUUCCGAUCUCGCGCUACACACUCCGCUACCAGCCGGCAGACGGGUCUGGCUCGUACCAGGACCUUUCACCCGCACCAGGAGCGGACGCCACGUCGGCAGCAGUGCUAGGACUUAUGGAUCACACCGAAUACAUCCUCACUCUGACUUCUUUUGACCAGGACGACCAGCCGAACGGAGCCAUCAACGGAACAUUCACCACAGUCUGUCAGUAUCCACUUGGGAUGGAAUCUGGUGCCAUACAUGAUGACAACAUCACUGCAUCUUCAGUAGGGCAUAGUCAUCUGCUACGCCCCUACUUCGCGCGGUUAAAGGGAACUGCUGGUUGGGGCGGCUGGGGAUCGGGGUACCAAAUCAUUGGAGAAUGGUUGCAGGUAGAUUUGGGGGUGAUAAAGCGCGUCACGGGCAUGACAACCCAGGGUGCUCUCUUGCCUGUACAUCAUCGCUAUUCAUGGGUGACGUCAUACAAACUUCGAUACAGUGGAGAUAAAACUUUCUGGACGACAUAUGCCAACAGCGAUGGCUCGGAUAAGGUUUUCACAGGCAACACGGACACCAAGAAUCCUGUAACGAACCUACUGGACAACCCUGUCGACGCCCGUUACGUGCGAUUUUACCCUCAGCGCUGGCACCACCGCAUCGCUAUGAGGGUGGAGAUUCUAGGCUGCGCCGCGGAAGUACUCUUGGGGCUGACCCUUAAUGAUGCCGGGAUGAGUCACCUGAACGUCUCCUGGACAGUCGUGGGGAAUCUUCCGAUCUCCCGCUACACGCUCCGCUACCAGCCGGCAGACGGGUCGGGCUCGUACCAGGACCUCUCCCCCGCACCAGGAGCGGGAGACACCUCGGCAGCUGUGGUAGGACUCAUGGAUAACACCGAAUACACCCUCACUCUGACUUCUUUUGACGAGGACGACCAGCCAAACGGAGUCAUCAACGGAACAUUCACCACAGUCUGUCAGAAUCCCCUUGGGAUGGAGUCUGGCGCCAUACCUGAUGACAACAUCACUGGACCUGGAGACUGGCAUCAUCAUAUGUUGCAGCCCUACUUCGGGCGGUUAAAAGGAAGUGCUGGUUGGGGCGGCUGGAUGGGGCGGAUGGUCGGACAUUGGUUGCAGGUUGAUUUAGGAGCGAUAAAGCGCGUCACAGGCACCGUUACGCAGGGUGCUCUCUCACCUAUCAAUAAUUAUUAUUCAUGGGUGACGUCGUACAAACUUGUGUACAGUGGAGAUAAAACUUUCUGGACGACAUACGCCAACAGUGAUGGCUCAGAUAAGGUUUUUACAGGCAACACGGACACGGAGAAUCCUGUAACGAACCUACUGGACAACCCCGUCCACGCCCGUUAUGUGCGCUUCUACCCUCAGCGCUGGCACAUCCACAUGGCCAUGAGGGUGGAGAUUCUAGGCUGCGGCACUGAGAUACUUUGGGGGCCGACCCUUAAUGAUGCCGGCAUGAAUCAUCUAAACGUGUCCUGGACAGUCGUGGGGAAUCUUCCGAUCUCCCGCUACACGCUCCGCUACCAGCCGGCAGACGGGUCGGGUUCGUACCAAGACCUCUCCCCCGCACCAGGAGCGGGAGACACCUCGGCAGCUGUGGUAGGACUCAUGGAUAACACCGAAUACACCCUCACUCUGACUUCUUUUGACGAGGACGACCAGCCAAACGGAGUCAUCAACGGAACAUUCACCACAGUCUGUCAGAAUCCCCUUGGGAUGGAGUCUGGCGCCAUACCUGAUGACAACAUCACUGGACCUGGAGACUGGCAUCAUCAUAUGUUGCAGCCCUACUUCGGGCGGUUAAAAGGAAGUGCUGGUUGGGGCGGCUGGAUGGGGCGGAUGGUCGGACAUUGGUUGCAGGUUGAUUUAGGAGCGAUAAAGCGCGUCACAGGCACCGUUACGCAGGGUGCUCUCUCACCUAUCAAUAGUUAUUAUUCAUGGGUGACGUCGUACAAACUUGUGUACAGUGGAGAUAAAACUUUCUGGACGACAUACGCCAACAGUGAUGGCUCAGAUAAGGUUUUUACAGGCAACACGGACACGGAGAAUCCUGUAACGAACCUACUGGACAACCCCGUCCACGCCCGUUAUGUGCGCUUCUACCCUCAGCGCUGGCACAUCCACAUGGCCAUGAGGGUGGAGAUUCUAGGCUGCGGCACUGAGAUACUUUGGGGGCCGACCCUUAAUGAUGCCGGCAUGAAUCAUCUAAACGUGUCCUGGACAGUCGUGGGGAAUCUUCCGAUCUCCCGCUACACGCUCCGCUACCAGCCGGCAGACGGGUCGGGUUCGUACCAAGACCUCUCCCCCGCACCAGGAGCGGGAGGCACAUCGGCAACUGUGGUAGGACUUAUGGAUCACACCGAAUACACCCUCACUCUGACUUCAUUUGACGAGGACGACCAGCCUAACGGAGUCAUCAACGGAACAUACACCACAGUGUGUCAGAAUCCGCUUGGGAUGGAAUCUGGUGCCAUACCAGAUGACAACAUUACUGCAUCUGGAAACUGGCGUCAUCAUAUGUUGCAGCCUUACUUCGGGCGGUUGAAGGGAACUGCUGGUUGGGGCGGAUGGGGAGCAAUAGCCGGACAAUGGCUGCAGGAACAUGAACAGGAACUCUUCGAUCACAUCAACACAGAGCAUGACAGUAUCAAGUUCACUAUUGAGAGGGAACAAGACAACCGUCUCCCCAUGCUGGAUGUCAUGAUGGUCAGGAAUCCAGACAACACCAUCACUACAGAUGUGUUCAGAAAACAAACCCACACCGACCACUAUUUGCAGUGGUUCUCCAACCACCCGGUGCAACAGAAGCUUGGGAUAGUUAGGACUCUCAUGCACAGAGCCAACACCCUUACUGAAGAUCCCGCUUUGAGAGAGACCGAAAAGGAAAAAGUCAGAGUAGCCCUCAGACACUGUGGAUACCCAGAAUGGGCCCUGAGGGAGGGGGAAAAUAACUCCAGAAAGGACAAAAGUAGCAAGGAACAGAGUAGGACUGGAAAACAAGAACAACUCCCAGCGAGUUACCUGGUUCUACCCUACAUACAUGGAGUUACAGAGAGGUUGAAACGAGUAUAUGCCAAACACAAUGUGAGCCUGUACUCCAAACCGGGCUUCACCUUACGUAAUGCCCUUGUCAGACCCAAGGACCCUCUAGCACCUGGGGAGAAGUGCGGCAACACGGACACGGAGAAUCCUGUAACGAACCUACUGAGCCACCCUGUCAACGCCCGUUAUGUGCGCUUCAACCCUCAGAGCUGGCACCACCGCAUUGCCAUGAGGGUGGAGAUUCUAGGCUGCAGAGCUAACAGUAGAG